GCGCUUUGGCGUUGUGUUGGUAACGCUGCUCUCACGUCGCCCGCAGUCUACAGGUGGCUGCCGUAGUGGGUGUACCGUGGAAAGGGUAGCGCAGACUGCGCGCGAUUUUGAAACAUACCUUUGGCCUUUACAUGCUUGUAAAAUUUUGCUACUAUUCACGUAAAAAGAGUAAAUGUGUGUCAGAAAUUUAAAUCGUCCGCUUCAACGCCACAGUCUAAGAUCUUUUCCCCGGAAAAAAUAAUUUAAAGCACAGAAAAAAAUUGGCAAGGAGAAACGAGUCCCCAUUAUUAAAAAAAAUCUUAUAUUGAGCUUACGUUCUUUACGUAACGUAAACGGUAGUGCCCGUGUGGAGGAUAAGAAACAACCGAGUGCGUCACGCAGUGCAUUUUUCCGUGUGCCGCUACUGUUUUUCGGACGCUGCUGGCGUGAAGAGAGUUAAUUAAACAUCAUAGCGAGUGAACAGGCAGUUCCCAAGGAUUAAGUGGCUUGCUUAACUGUGUCGUGCUGUGUGGUGAACGGUGUGUAAGAACGAAAAAGUUUGGAAAAGCAAAAAUGGAAACAUAUCCAGGAGACAAAUCUUUCUACGAUGUCGGCGUGAACGACUUGAAGGAGCUUUGGGACUCCGACUUGGAAACGGGCAUGGACGUGUUCCGGGAGGCGGACGAUGCAGACUGGGGCUGCGGGCUGCUGGACGCGCGGCCCCACGUCGUGCUGUACGACCGCCUCAUGACGGACGCCGCGCUGGGCGCCGCGGGCGCGCCCAUCAAGAGCGAGCACUCCUACAGCCUCGCCUCCGACGGCGACCACGACGGCGCGGACGCCGACUCGCCGCCGGACUCGCCGCUCAGCCUCGACCGCGUCAUGGACGCGAUGGAGGGCGAGUGCUGGCCGCUGGCUGCGGGGUCCCGGCGUACGUCGCGGCCGCAGCCCACAUCUGCGGGGUCGGCGUCAGUGUCGGUGGGGUCGCCGGUGCUGGUGAAGGACGAGCCGCUGAGCGAGCCGCCAUCGCCCUCCGACUCGUGCCCACUGUCGCCGGGCUCCUCCGACCAGGACGUCGAUGUCGACGUCGACGUGGACGUCGACAUGGAGGCGGAGCAGGAGGCGGAGGCGGAGGCGGAGCACGUGCCCCAGGAGGCCCCCGCCGCCCCCGCGGUGCGCGACCACCACCAGCAGCAGCAGCAGCAGCCACAGAGCGCCGCCGUGCGGAGGGAGAUAAAGGCCGAGGGUGUCCGGACAAGUGGUCAGCAAAGCGUCCUGAAGCAACCCACCAUCCUGUUGGCGACACGUGGUACCAUCUUCGCACAGCAGAAAAUGGUCAUACCAAAGCUCAACAUCAAAGUUGAACCUAACACUUCAGGUUUCACACUGCCACCGACACCACCAUCCUCAACCACUAGCGACAGUGAAGGCAACGCAUCUCCAGGGCGCGAACCGACAUCCCCAGGAGUAGGUGUAGCAUGUGUGGGGGGCCGCGUGCAACGCUCCACCUCUGGCUCGACCACUCAGCAGCCUCGCCUCCUGCUUGCUGCCCCUGGCAGGCAGCCCAUCCAGACGCCACUCAUCAGCAACCAGCCAAAAGGGUCAACAGGAAUGUUGAUACUGACAGAGGAAGAGAAGAGAACACUUCUGGCUGAAGGAUACCCAAUCCCAACAAGACUUCCACUCACAAAAGCUGAGGAAAAGUCUCUAAAGAAGAUAAGGAGAAAAAUCAAGAAUAAGAUAUCCGCGCAAGAAAGUAGACGGAAAAAGAAAGAGUACAUGGAUGCACUAGAAAGGAAGGUGGAAAUACUCCAGAAUGAGAAUUCAGACUACAAGAAGAAGAUAGAGACACUAGAAGACAGCAAUGCUUCACUGUUAAGCCAGCUGCAGAAACUACAGGCCAUUGUAGCGAGAGGAGCGGCAGGAACUGUAGCUUCAAGGGCAGCAAGGAAUAGUGAUAGCUCUUCAUUUUUAACAUCACACCAGCAUUCUUCACGGAGCUCUAUGAAGUAGAGCCUUCACAAUAAUGCUGCUGUCUGGCGCAGUUAUGCUGUGUGUGUGUGAUUGGAAUGCGUUUGAAAGUCUGCCACAGUGUUCCAACCCAUUCAUCAUUUUAAAAGCUCACUGCUAGUCUUCCAUAUAUCAUCGGAAAGAAUAUUAGGAAAGUGUGUGAAAUAAUGUGAAGUGGAUUGUUGAAAUGUGAAUGCUUAUUACUUGUUAAGCAGUCUGAAAACUCAAAAUUAAAUUAGUAUUCCUAUGGAAGAAUAAAAUGUUUGAAUAUAAAAUGUACUGUAAGCUCUGCGCAGUGAGAUGUGGUAAAUUACAAUUUAAUUUUUUUAAUGACACAAUUUCUGUGCAGAAUGAACUUUACAAAUUAUAGAGAAAUGGAAGUUCUCAUUAUGUAAAUAACAUAUGCAUUAUCAUCCAUACAUAAAUAUGUACAUGUAACAUGAAUGAAAAAGAUGGAAAUUGUAAAUGCAAUCAUGCUCUAAUUUAUCACCAUUUCACUGUAAAGUCUGGAUUAUAAAGUUACGUCCAUUUCUUAUCAGACUACACCAAUCCCUGUUUGUUUGUCUCAGGGGCCAUUUAAAUAAAAGAUUGUUCAGCUAGGAAUGCAAAAUAUUUUUAUAAGACUUUAUUUCUAAGCAGUAGCAUGAUAUUUUUGUUCAGGGUAUGAUAAAUUAGAUGCAUGCCACUACAGCACAAGUGGUAAACUAUUCUCAAUGUAGAUUUUAAUUUGGCUCUAAUUUAAGGUGUGUCUCUUUGUGACAUUUGUUCUCUGAUGUCAUAAUUGUAGAUUUCUCAUUACCUACAUUAAAACUAAUUAAAUACUAUCAGUAUAGUAGCUGCAGGUUAAUUAACUUUGCAUCCAAGCUUUGAAUGUUCUCAUCUUAUCAGUCAGGAGCAAGGCUAGUGACUAAUGUUACUAUACUGAGUGUAUUUCAUAAAGGGAUGCUGCUGCUAGACACUUUGUGGCAAUUUAAAAGAAGUAACAUUAUGCUUAACUUGAACUAGUUACAUUCCAUUGAAUAAUUUAGAUUUGUAGUUGUAUUGGUGUCAUAACUGUGUUGUAAUGAAAGGUACAAAUGACUACAGUGUACAUUAAUAGUCAGUAUUUUUUGAAAAGAUGAUUUAUGUAUGAUUGUAUGAGUGUUGAAGAGUUUGGCUUGACAGAAAAAAACUGUACUUACAGUUUAUGUUGACUGAUGCAUAGGUGUUGAGACUCAUUUGGCUGUAUGUAAAAGCUUACACGUAACACAGUUUUAUGCAGACAGUUUUAGCUCCUUUGACCAUAUUGGUUUAUUGUGAAGUUACUGCACAUUCAAUUCCCACAGCCUACAACUAUUAUUUUGGCUAUUUCUGCUGAAUGAAACUGUUUUUUAACUUCACUGUAACAUCGACAUGAUGAUAAAUAGGUGCAGUUUUAAUUUUUAUAACAUGCCUCAUAAAAAAUGAAAAGUUCUUUUAUAUAUGUACAUAUAAGCACAUUUAAAAGUACCCAGAAAUUUUUCUUGAGGAGUUGUAAUUCAGAAAAAAUAUCUGAAACUAAAUUACAAUUGUACUAGCAUUGUCAUCUUUUAAAAAUCAUGGCUACAUCCACACCAAGUCUUUAGAUGAAACAUGUAUCAGUUCCAGUCUUGAAGUCCUUAAUUUGUCCGCAAUAUACAGCAUAGUACUACACCACAGGUGAUUUUUAUAUCAGUUUAAAUAAACAAACUUUUAUCUCACACUUUUGAAUAACACAUUGUUCGAGUGUUGCAUUAUUGGUUUUUAUAGAACAGUGACAUUUAGAUUUUAUCAGAUACUUUGCAACACAGUGUGAACUAUUUUUAUUUUUGAAGGUAUUGAAAAGCAUCUUAAAUUGAAGUUCCUUUUAAAAAUAACAUUUGU